AUGUAUUCUAUUGACAAGCCAGGCACAGAUGUUCAACACAAUUCCGCCAGAUCCGUGGGGGACCAGGUGCAAAACUCAAAUUUCUUUGCAUCUCUACAAAGUGACGAUGAAUUGUCCGACGGUAGUGGAAGUCAAGAGUUUGACGAGGUUAAAGUGGUGGCAGUGCAAAAGAAUCACUCAAUGGCGCCCAAGUCAUUGGAUGAAGAUGAAGACAAUGAUGAUGAUGACACUGACGACAGAGAGAACAUUGUGGAUGACGCAAUGGAGGAAGAUGAUGAUGAACGGGCCAAUAGCGAUGGGACGAACCCGCACAAUGAGGCCAUGGACAACAACACUCCAUCGUUGAUUUCCCACAGCCUCACGGCAACACAAGACUUAGCAGGUACAGAGAUCCUUAUGGAGCCCUGGGAAAAAACUCCUCCUUGUGUUCAACGUCCCCCAACACUGGACGAACGGAUCUCAAACCUUAUUCAGGUGAAUAUGGAAGGGGUACCAGGCAAAUGUCACAUCUUUGAGACUACUUUCUCUGUGGACUAUCAAGGGUCGGAUUCAGGAACUGUGGCGGAAGAGCUCUUGUACAGUUCUGAAUUCUAUGAGAAGCCAUCAACAAUUUUCCUACUGAUUUGA